UUCUGCUGUUAUCAUGGCUAACUCCAACGUUUCCAAAAUCCACCUCGCCACCAACAAUCAGAUGAAGGCGCUCAUCAAGCUCACCCAGACCGAUGAUCAAGCCAGCUCCCUCAUUGUGGAGGCUUCGGCCAAGUUCUUUGACACGGUCGAUAAAAUAUUUGCCAAGCUCAAGCGCAAUGUUGUCGCUAAGAUGGAAAACCGCCAGCUUAUCACUGAGCUUGAAGGCCUCAAGCAAGAAGUCCAGGGCCAGCUUGAAUUCGCUGAACUUCGUGCUGCUUUCUCCUCCCGUCCAUUCUACCGUUGUUGCGCCCGCUUCGGUCGCUUUUUUUGCUCCCUCGCCCGUUGCUGUGGCUGCUUCUGUUCCUUUGCCCGCUUCUGUUGGCUUCUUUCGUUCCUUCGCCCGCUGUCGUGGCUGCUCCUUUGUCUCCUCCCUCCUCUCCUGUGGCUGCCUUUGUGCCCACCUCUUCCCCUGUUUCCGCUCCUGCUUCAUCUUCCUCUCCCGUGGCCGCAUUUGUGCCCACCUCUUUCCCAGUGUCGGUUCCCGCGUCUGUGCCCGCGUUCGUUUCCUCCUCUGGUGUGACCGUGCCUUUCCUUGCCGCGUUUUCCUUUGUUGUGCCUGCUCCGGUUUCUGCUCCCGCUGGUGCCCUUUCCGGCCAGCAAUCGAGGAAUGAGAACAGCAGCAACAACACUUCUUCCAAGAAGAAGAAUAUAUCGACGACCCAAUGGACAUCGAUCAACGCGACGAAUUGAUCGAUUGGAUGGACGUCCAUCCAGGAUGCCUUACAGUACCACUCGCAAAGCCAAAGGCCAAAAAAAACGGAUGAUCGACGUCCAGACCUUUUGUUGUUGCAGCAUAG